CCUCUGCCUUUACGUACUGUGCGUGGUGACGUCAGAGCGUCAGCUGGCUGAAUGUUUACAUCCAGCAGUGGUGUGUUCCUGGCUGGACCCCCCGACAACAAACCGCUGAGCAGGAGAAUCCCGCCGGGACAGAGAGCACCUGUCGGACUUUUCAGCAGUCAUCAUGGGCGGAGCUGUGAGUGCAGGUGAAGACAAUGACGACCUGAUCGACAACCUGAAGGAGGCAUACUACAUCCGCUCUGACCUGGUGGAGCGCGCCUUCAGAGCCAUCGACCGCGCCGACUAUUACCUGGACGAGUACCGAGACAACGCCUACAAGGACCUUGCAUGGCGGCACGGGAACAUCCACCUGUCGGCUCCGUGUAUCUACUCUGAGGUGAUGGAGGCUCUGGAUCUCCAUCCUGGACUCUCCUUCCUCAACCUGGGCAGCGGGACGGGAUACCUGAGCACCAUGGUGGGCCUCAUACUCGGCCCGUUUGGAGUGAAUCAUGGAAUCGAGCUUCAUGCAGAUGUGAUCGAGUACGCCUACCAGAAGCUCGACUCCUUCAUCAAAACCAGCGACAGCUUUGACAAGUUCGAGUUCUGCGAGCCGUCCUUCGUGGUUGGAAACUGUCUGGAGAUCCCCGCAGAGAGUCGGCAGUACGAGCGGGUGUACUGCGGGGCGGGGGUGCAGAAGGAGCACGAGGAGUACAUGAAGAACCUGCUGAAGCUGGGGGGCAUCCUGGUCAUGCCUCUGGAGGAGAAGUUGACAAAGAUCACCCGAACAGGCCUGAACAGCUGGGAGACCAAAAAGAUCAUCUCUGUGUCCUUCGCUCCCCUCGUGCUGCCCAAACACAGCACCAACGGGAAACCCCGGAGCGCCCCGCUGCCGAGGUUCGAGGUCCGGUCGCUACAGGAGCUGUCUCGUAUCUGCAUCCGUCACACCCUCAGAGUGACCACAGACGGAGGAGACAGCCAAUCGCGUGGCAGAGGCUCCUCCUUCAGCGUGGGGAGGGGUCUGGCGGUGGCCGGCCUCCAUAAGUACGGCCCUCGCUUCAAACGCCGUCGUGUCCACCGGCGUCACUGUAAUGCCCUUGUCCUCGCCACACGGCAGGUGGUGGCCAGCAGCGGGAUAGGCCCCGCCCCUCUGGACAGCAACAACAACCAGGGAGGAAGAGCAGAGGAUGAGGAGGAGGUGGGGGAGAGGGAGAGGGAGAGGGAGGGGGAGGGGAGGCGGCAGCUGAGAGGGAGCAGGAGGGGGGGCAGGGGAGCCGGAGCGGUGGUGGAGGAGGAGGAGACGGUGGAGGAGGAGGAGGAAGAGGAGGAGCAGGAGGAGGAGGAAGAAGAGAAGGAGACAGGGGAGCUGCUCCGCCCCCAGCCGGCCGUGAACCUGCUCAGAGAGAGGAUCCUGAACCUGCCGCUGCCCGAGCCGCUCAAGAUGUACCUGCUGUACUACAGAGAGAAGUAAGCCCCGCCCCCAAGAGCCACAGCCAGGUGUGAAUAAGAGUCAGAGCUUCACCCCCCAAACCUGGACUACUACCCUCCACCUGACUGAACCAAAACUCUUUGUCUGUUUUCAUCCUCUUCAUCAUCUUUUCUGGACUAAAUUCAUUACCUGGCACUGUUGGGGGGAGGGGUGGGGGGAGGGGAGGGGAGAGGGGGGGGGGGGGGGGGGGGGGGAGAGAGACCACACAGACACCAAAAACCACGUCCUAGCAACAACAGGCAUCCAAUCAGAGCUUUUCUCAUACUGACACCAGGAUCAGAAAGCACCAAUCUGGGAGUUCCCCAGUCCAACAUUCCCACAAAGGUCAAAGGUCAGGGACUGAAUUAGCUGAAGUGACACCUAGCAGACAACUAACAUCUCCCACCUGUCACUCAAAGAAGCCACGCCCCCUAAUUCUACAUCCCGUUAAGCCUUAAUAUAAUGUAAACAGGUGAGUUGUAUAAACAUUCAGCCCGAACAGUUGAAGAGAAAAAUGAACUCUAGAGACCCAAACUGGAUUUAUACCAGGAUGUAAACAUGUUUAUUUUAACAUGGAGCUCUAUGGGGACUGACUCACUGCAGGAGACAGACUCUAGUGGACACUGGAGGAACUGCAGCUGUAAAGUUGGACAUUUUAACAUGGAGCUCUAUGGGGACUGACUCACUGCAGGAGACAGACUCUAGUGGACACUGGAGGAACUGCAGCUGUAAAGUUGGACAUUUUAACAUGGAGCUCUAUGGGGACUCUUGUAUAGUUACAUAAGGAGAAUAGAUUUCAGGGUCUUUAUUUUGCGCCCAUAGCAAACAAAACCAAUGAGCUGUCAGCAGAGAGUCUCUCAGUUUCCUGAUCCAGACCUACAGGAACUUAUUUUCUAUAAUUUAAUACUUCAUAAGUCGUGCUAUCAGAGCCUAGUUCCUCCUUUAUUUCACCCUGAAAGUUAGACAAAGUUGUGAGCUGCUCCUUGAUCUCCUGGUGGAGGACAGAGGGGGGGGGGGGGGGGGGUCGUUAGUUCAUGUCUCUUUUUAGUUUACAGAUGAUCUUCAUGUUUCUUUUAGGAGACCAGUCGUUGCAUGGAUGUUUCUCUGCACAUAUUCCCUCUCUACAUCCCAUAAUAUUCUCCUACCAUAGAGAGUAUGACCACGUACUAAUAUUCCAGUGACCAGGACUAAACCAGCAUGAUAACCACGUACAUGAUGUUGCUGAUGACGGACCGUGUGCUUUGUGUUCUUGUGAUCUUUGAGUGUCGAUUUGAAUGACAUGUAAAUAUGUGUGUUUGUUAGUGAAUCAUGAAACUUUGAUGAGUAGGAAACCUUCUCCUGUCGUCUUCUGAUUGGCCGUUUCUUCCUUUCUGCUUUCGUACCAAACGUUCUGCUCCCUCGGUGCCAAACUUUGGUUGCAUGGACUCAAAGAGAAAACAGCGAGUCACUCGUAGACGAUAUUUAAAUUUCAAAAAGAAGCGACUUUAGAUGGUGUGAGUCUCGUUUCAAAGAUCUGAGCAGAAUGGGAGGAGUCAGACUGCAGCAGUUUGGGAUCAUGAAGAUCUUCAUGUGGAUUUUUGUGCACAGUGUGAGAUGGAUCUGUCUUCAGUUUCUUUAUUGGACAUGAAACGUUCUCGUCUCCUUCUGGCGCUCUGCUGAAUGUAAACCAUCACGUUGGGGUUUUUUUUGCACUAAACUUAAAGUUUUGGUGAGAACGACUUGUUGGUUUUUAAGACUGAGCUGUUUUAUUGACUGCUGUUAAUAAAGUUCAUUAUACAAAAAACA